CGGUGGGGCGACGUCUUUCUCCGUGCAGCCCGAGCCUGUGCGCUGCUCGCUCGGUGGAGUUAGACUCGGCGACUUGGAGCCAGACCUUUGGGGGGUCGGGGAAGGACGUCGAGGGUGGAUUGUGGAGAGAAGCAGGAAAUUCUAAAGAGGUUGAGCGUACCAGAGGGCUUGUGCUUUCCAUGCGGACGCAGUAACGAGAUGGUCAGUCAGCUAUGCUCUGUUUCUGAUGAGGAUAACUAAGAAGGUAAAGAGUUUCCUCAGUGGACUGGAGAUUUAAGUGGUGUCUGGGGAAGGAUUUGUGGCCAGCCAGUGAGAUUGAUUUCAUUGGUAAGUGGUUGCUGUGAAAUUCCUGUAGAUUCUUAUUUCUGGAGCAUUUUUUUUUUUCAGAGAUUCUCCUCUUCCUGACAUGAUUUAAGUGUGUGGGAUUCUGAUCUAUUAUUGCAUGCUAACUGAAAUUUUAUAUUCCAGGUUUAGAGUUUAUUCAAGCAUUUCUCAAGUGCUUAAGUCUCUUAAAAUGACAAACUCAUUCCAAGGCUUCUCUCUACUGCUUAGUUAGCAUUUUCCUGAUGGGGUGAGAUACAGUGACAUGCUGGAGCUGGCUCGUAAAAUUCAAGAGUUUGAUGAGCCUGUCAUUAACUUCGCUGGAAACAAAGAAUUGAAAGUGAAAUCUGUGCCAGCCUCUGCCUGAAGGAGAAAUAGCUUCUGUUUUUCCCUCAGCAUUGCUCUUGAGAUUCACCCAUGCAGAUCUGUGGAGAUGAAGCGAAAGCAUGAGAACUGGCAAGAAUCCAACAGCCUGUUACUUAACCCUUCCCUGACUGAGCCGGUGAAGUAUGAUUUGGGAGCCCUUCAUCACGGACACCUGGGGCCAGGCUGCCAGCUAGACCUCUGGUCUCCCCCUGACUGUUCUGUCUCACCAGCUAAUGAUGGACUGUAACAAGAGAAGUUGUCGGAAUGGCCCCAAUUAAGCAGUGUCAAGAUGGGGAGGCAGACAUAUCACUGAGUUACCUGGAGAGGUUUUCCAAAUGUACACCCACUGUAUCUCCCUCUCUGAGACUCGACUGAAAUGGCUGGCGAGACCCUUUGACUUGCAGAGGUCAGGAGUGGGAGGAGAGGUAACACCUGGAUUUAACUAAAGCCCUCAGGCUCACUCCAUCCGCCGCUGCUGUGGACACAAGGUGCUUGACCCCAGAGGCCUACCAUGAAACCACACUUAAAGCAAUGGAGGCAACGAAUGCUUUGCGGGAUAUUUGUUUGGGGGCUCCUUUUCCUGGUGAUUUUCAUCUAUUUCACCAACAGCAACCCUGCAGAACCCAUGCCCAGCUCCUUCUCCUUCCUGGAGACCAGGAGGCUGGUGCCCAUGCAGGGGAAGCAGAGAGCCAUCAUGGGCGCCAUGCAGGAGCCCUCCCUGCUGGAGAGCCUGAACACAAACAAAGGGCUCCUCGAUGGACCCCCAUCCGGCCCCUUUCACAUGGAGUGGGGUGACCUGCAGAAAUGGGCGCAGGUGCCCGAUGGAUUUGAAAAUGAAGAAGAGAUCUUUUCAUCCCAGAUGGGGAGAAAAUCUCAAAGUGCUUUCUACCCGGAGGACGACGACUAUUUUUUUGCUGCAGGUCAGCCAGGGACGCACAGACACACGCAGGGCACGUUGGGGUCCCAUUCCCCCGGAGACCACGGCCUGCAGGAAGGGGUUUUGCUGGCUGGAGAGGCCCAGAGAAGGCGAGUGAAAAGGAGGCACCGCAAGCAGGGAAGGGGCUCGGUGUUGGCAGAGGGCAGCGACGGCGACCGGCUGUACUCCCCCAUGUCGAGGGCCUUCCUCCACCGGCUCUGGAAGGGAAACGUCUCCUCCAAAAUGCUCAACCCGCGCUUGCAGAAGGCAAUGAAGGACUACCUGAGUGCCAACAAGCAUGGCGUGCGCUUCCGCGGGCGGCGGGUGGCCGCGCUGAGCCGCGGGGAGCUGCUGUGCCAGCUGCGGGGCCGCGUGCACGUGCGGACACUGGACGGCACGGAGGCGCCCUUCUCCGCGCUGGGGUGGCAGAAGCUGGUCCCCGCUGUACCGCUGAGCCAGCUGCACCCACAAGGCCUUAAGAGCUGCGCUGUGGUCAUGUCUGCAGGAGCCAUCCUCAACUCCUCGCUGGGGAAGGAGAUAGAUUCUCAUGACGCAGUUUUGAGAUUUAACUCUGCUCCUACGCGUGGCUAUGAGAGAGAUGUUGGAAAUAAGACCACAGUGCGCAUCGUCAAUUCCCAGAUUCUGACCAACCCCAACCAUCACUUCAUUGAUAGUUCAUUGUAUAAAGAUGUCAUUUUGGUCGCCUGGGACCCUGCUCCUUAUUCUGCAAAUCUUAACCUGUGGUACAAGAAGCCAGAUUACAACCUGUUCACUCCAUAUGUUCAGCAUCGUCAGAGAAACCCAAAGCAGCCAUUUUACAUUCUUCAUCCUAAAUUUAUAUGGCAGCUUUGGGAUAUUAUCCAGGAGAAUACUAAGGAGAAGAUUCAGCCCAACCCCCCAUCUUCUGGCUUCAUUGGGAUCCUCAUCAUGAUGUCCAUGUGCAGCGAGGUGCAUGUGUAUGAAUAUCUCCCAUCCGUCCGGCAGACAGAGCUCUGCCAUUACCAUGAGCUGUAUUACGACGCGGCCUGCACGCUGGGCGCCUACCACCCACUGCUCUAUGAGAAGCUCCUGGUGCAGCGUCUGAACACAGGUGCCCAGGGGGACCUGCACCGCAAGGGGAAGGUGGUCCUGCCUGGCCUCCGAGCCGUGCACUGCCCUGCACCCAAGCCUGCUGUGCCACACUCCUGAAAAGGGACUCUUGGGAAUCAAUGUGCAAUAAGGUACUACUGUUGUACUCUAAGUCACGAGGAAUACUUGAAGAUAUAUUUUAGGCAAUGUAGUAUUGAGUGUCUAAACUGUAAUUUAGUGGCGACCGCAAGAAUUCUUCUCUUUCUAAGCCAUUAAGUAUUUAUUACUGUUUUGAAUUUACAAAUGAAAUUCAAAGAGAUGAACGCUCAAGAAAGGUGCAAAAAACAGAUAGAAAAAAACAAGUGUUUAACAGAUGGAUGCUAUAACUCCAAAAAUGUUACCCUUUUCUUAUGCCAUGGGCACCCCAUUUCAGGACUGGCUUCUGUUACAGGUUUCAAUGACAUACUUCAUUUUGUGAAAGAGUUUAUACCCAGGAACAUUCCCAUCGAACUAUGGUAUCAACAGCAUCUGCGUCACUUGUACGUGCAUCCAUCAUUAAAUAGCCUAGUAUUUUGACAAACGACUGAAUUACCAUUCAGAUAUGUUUAUUCUAACAGCAAGAAUCCCAAGUACAAAUUAGAAGGUGCAUGUGUUUCCAAACCAUUACAUCCCUCAGCUGUGCUUCCCAUUGCUUGCUAAAUGUUUUGCAUAUCAGGACCAAUUUCUAAAAUUGUACAGUAUCCAUCUUGAGCAGCCUAAGGAAAAGCCAACCCCAGAACAGCACCACUUUGUUUUCCUGCAGUAUGUCCUAACUCAACCAGGAAUGUAGUAGCCACCAGAUGGAAGGGCCAUCACUGGCAAGUAAAUACUGUCACGGGGCUGAAGGAUGGCCCUGGACUUUGCCACCUUGUGACUCCUCCCCUGCCAGUCCUCCCUGAAGGCCUUUCAUAGUUACUUGCAUAAACAGUUGGACACCUAUGGGGCAUGGCACCUCCCAAUCCAGAGGAAUGUUUGGGGAGCAGUUAUUCUGUAUUUCUGGGAAUGCACUAUUGGGAACCCGAAAGGGUUGUAUUGGAUUUUCACUAAUUCUUGCUAUGGACAGACAUUUAAGAGUCCCGAUCUUUUUUUCACAGCUAUGUUUUAUGUCAGCAACAUAUUAAAGCCAUAUAAUUAAAUAAAAUUGUGUGACAACAUUCCCCUUAACAACAAGGAAACUAUGUAUAUACUUCAGAGGGAAAGGCAGCUAGAGGGAAAAAUUGUCAUUCCAGGGUGUUAACUUUAUUCAGUAUUAUUUAUUUAUUUUUUAAUCUCUACUUUUGUCACUGAUACAUUGGGAAAAAUUUUUUUUGCUAUGAACAUAGUGAAAGAGAAACAUUUUGAAAUACCUUAAUUACAUGUCCUACAAUUUCAAGAGAUCACCAAAUCAUAUUUCAGUGGUGCAGUUAGGAUUUCUUGACAAUGAAAAUGGUGGCUUAAUUAGACACAUUCUCCUUGGCAGGUGUGCGAACGCCAGGAGAGUCUAGUGGAAAGCUUUUUUUUUUGCUCUAGGAUUGUUUUUUUCCCCAAAACACUCUUUGAGACCUCUUUCUUGGGCAGGAAUUGUUUAGAGAAACUGACAGCUUCCAUUUGGUGAGUCUACAUCAUAGAAGUCAGAUUGGGAUUAGACAUGUCCUGUGGUUUAGUGUAAUGGUGAAAUAUGUGUCACUGCAAAGUCCCAAUCAUGACAAUAUCCACUAAGUGCCCAUUUUGAGAAUUUCGUUUCCAUGAAAUGGGAUGGAUAAUUUUAUCCGACAUGUUAUCUUAUGUCCAAGCAGACAUGGUCACUUCACUUUUCUUUCCUUAUUCCCUGUUUAGUGAGUAAUGAAUUCAAAUGAUUUGGGAUGCUGGUGGGGUGAGCAAUCCUCCUGCAAGCCAUGGUUCUACCUAGACCUUCCAGACUGCCUUCAAAUGCCCAUGACAUUGAACUUCCCUUUUCGUUUUCCUACUGGAUUUCCUUGUCAGUGUCUUAUCCAUGACACCUCCUUAGGUGACAUGAGAGCUUGACUAGAGGAAAUUUUAUUGGGGUCACUGUAAAUAUUCAAGUUCAAAAGCCCCAGAAUAUACUUCAAAGAUUUUUAAUAGCAUUUUCUUAUAGCACAUGUACUUUUUCUUUCAGUCUUACUGAGGUUACAAGAAAGACUGAAGAACAUAAAGGAAAUUUAAUUAAAUUUUUUUAAUUUAUUAUGACCUUAGAGACCCUUGAGAAUCAGGGUCUGUUAAACAUUCAGAAAUGUGGUCUAUUAUGAUAGCAUAGUCUGGUCAUUCUUCUAUUUAGAAGUUUCAGUUGUUCAGCCUCUCAAAAACAUUAGGCAGUUAGAAUUAACAUGAUGACCACUUUUACUAUUAGCCAAGUGAUCCUAAGUAGCACUCUUUUGCCAGACAUUAAGUCCUAAUAUUCCACAUUUACUGAAAUGCAAUAAACACAUGGCCUUUAUUUGGAGUAGUUAACAAUAAAUGUUGUCCCAAUGCAUUUACCCCAGCUCUGUCCCUUUCAGAACCUUCCAUUCUCUUCUGCAAUAGGAUGCUGAUAAAAUCCUUAUGGUGCAACCUGAAGCCAUUAAGUGGCUCUUUCCUCAUUCUCAGGACUUGCAGUAGUCGUAUUGCCUCACACUUCAAGAUAACUUCACUUGAUCUUUUUUUGUUUUUAUUGUUGUCAUCCUAAAUAAAUGUUGACCAGGAAUGACAACUCACCUUCAUCUGGGUUCCCCUUGCUGGCUUCCUCAGUACUUCUAGCAAUAGCUGAGCAAGGCGUAGUGUUCUCAAAGUCCCCAGGGAAGUCCAGUGCUGGCCGUGUGUCCCUGGCCUUCCCCACUCAGUCCUUGUGGAGAACUUUGUGUGUAAGAUCAAGAGGUAGUCGAUUAAUAGUUGCAUGUAAGCAUCAUGCAAUAUGAGGAGUCUGAGUUAAAUUGUGACAUGUGAGGGCCUCCCCAGUGGCGCAGCAGUUGAGUGCUGGGUUGCGAAGCUACCCACAGCCUCUGCAGCGCCGGUUCGAUCCCCGGCUGCUCCCCGGCUACCGGAGGAGGGUCCCACAUGGCGCGCAGACCUCUCCUGCCGCCCGCUGCUCCCCUCAGCAGUGUACUUCAUCAGUCUCCCUGUUCUGGUCCCUGCUCUGGCUCUGGUGAAUUCUCUCACCCUCCCGCGCUUCGAACUGUACCCAGUGCUUGUAUAAAUAAGUAAAAAAUAAUAAUAAUAAAAAAGAUUUAUUUUAAAAAAAUGUGACAUGUGAGGGACUUUUGCACAUCUUUCAAUUUCUGGGUCUUUGAUUUCUGCUGGGACACAGGGCUUAAGCCCCCUAUAGCCUCCUGUAUGUCCUGUGUCCUUUAUCUCUCAGCCAGACAAUCAAUCCUGGACUGUCCAGUAAUCAUCUGUCAUUGUAGCCAUAGCAUCUGGACAAAGCAAUGUUGAAAUAAAUAAUCAUUAGCAUUUUCUAAAUUGGAAAAUAAAAGUAACUGUUUAAAGCUACCAUGGGAUCAUACUGUUACAUGUUUAUGAGCCAGUAAGUUCUGGUGGAACAAAUUAAUACCUUAUGUUGUUGGUUCAUCCUUCUGGGCAGUAACACUAAUACCCACUGAAUUAAUCCAGUCCUGUUUGACUCUAUUAAGUGGACUCAGUCCCACAAGAGUAAUGGCAUAUGAUGGGAGAAUUUUUUGUGCACAAAUGACAUUAUUAAAAAGUUUUCUCCAGCCUGUCAGAUCAGUACACAUGCUUGUUCCAGGCUGGUGGUCUGUGUUACCAGUCCUUUUCCUGCUUAGCUAUUGGAGGGCAAUAAGAGGGGGAGGGGAUUUUCAAGAAAUCUGUGAUUGAAUAUAUAGGCCAAAUAGUCUCUACUAUGUUCUUCCAUAUGAUGUUUUGACUUCUUUCUGAUAUUUUAAAACUCUUACCCAGGGGUUACAUGACGAAGGCAGCUACAUUUAGAAAUGAAUUGCUUAGGUAAACUAAGCCUGGGCUCAAACUUGUUUUUAAUACUCUAGGUUAAUUUCUAGUGUGAAAUGAUUCUGCAUGUUCCUGUCCCUUGGGCAUUACUUAGACAUUUGGCAAAUGAAAGGUAUUUCUCUGUCACUUCAAGGAAAUGAAGUAUAUUGAUAAGUUCUGAUUCUUGUUUUAUUAAGUGAGUGAAAUGUUUUAGUAAGAAAAACUAAUCCAGCAUAUUCCUCUACAAACUCAGACUAAUGGAAUUUAAAGAAUUAAUGACAUUGAUGUAGUUCUUACUCUGGUUAUAAAAAGUGUUUAUGUAGAUAUAGUUAUAUAAUUGUAUAUAUAUACGUAUCUACAUACAUGGUUGCUUUAUAUUGUCUUUUUUCAUCAAACUGUAUUUCUGAAAACUUUACAAUAAAUUUUAAUUAUGCAAACACAGUAUCUUUUAAGAGAAGGAAGUGUUAUAUGUCCUUCUGUUAAAAACAAUUUAGUCUUCCUACACAGUCAUAUUAUACAUGUCUUUGCUAUGUUCAAAAGUUUGGCGAAAAUAUUUAAAAGGCACCAUGAAGGUAGACCUGAAGACUGUAUCCUAGAUAGAAGCAUCAUUUAACUCUGAACUUUCAUGAAAGUUUAUCUGUAAUUCAUGACUCUUAUGAGAUUAGGGGAAGAAAAAUUUACUGGUUCUGUGGGAAAUAGUGUUCUUACUAGGUUGGUUUCAAACAAAUUAAAUGCAUUGGUAAUGUUAAAACCUACAUUUAUGAUACCACACAUUCUGUUUUACUUUAGAUACAAUACCAAGUUUUUCCGGUGGAAACCAGUAAACUUUUUUAACAGCUUGGGAAUUUUUUUGUAUAAUAAUUUUUAAAAUGAAAUGUGUACUCUUCAAACUAAUUAAGGCUUGAGAUUUUGCAGGAAUCACAUUUUAAAAGUGUUUGUACACAUUUUAACACUUGGAUAUUUUCUAUUUUGGUUUUGUAUAUUUUUAUGUAUACACAGUGUAAAGAUUUUUU